GAGGAUGGGGAGGCUUGAGAGAGUGACGCUGGAGAACUUCAAAAGUUAUCCGGGGACGCAGGUGAUUGGUCCCUUCCGAGACUUCACCGCCAUCAUUGGCCCCAACGGCAGCGGAAAGUCCAACCUGAUGGACGCCAUCUCCUUCGUCCUCGGCGUGCAGAGCCGACAACUGCGAUCCAGCCAGAUGAAGGAGCUCAUCUUCCGCGCGGACGACUUGCAGGGCAGUGCCAGUCGUCGGGCCUUUGUGGAGUUGAUCUACCAGAUGGACGAG